AUGAAGGCCACUUCAGCUCCGCGGAUAGCCCCCCUUAUGGCAGGAUUUCCUGGGACGCCGUCAGGCCUGAGCUCAACGGCCUUGGGGGCCCUUGCCACAGCACCCCCGCCACUCAGUCGGACUCUCGGACGGCUGGGCACGGGUUCCUGGAUGCGUCUAGCCUUAGAACGGUCGUCGGCUCUGAUCUCUGGGGAUGAGAAACUGGCUUCUGUGGAUCCUCCCGCUUCGCAGCAAGUCGGCAGUCACCAGCACGAGUCCCCUGCACAGCCAGUUGCUGCUGAGAGGCAGGACCCCCCGACAAUUCUGGGGGAGGGCCCUGACAGGCCCGCGUCUUCGUUAGAUCAGAGGAGUAGACCCCUUAAAGGGAAGCGAGGCCGCGUAGGGGGUGUGGAAGCCGCCUCUUUCGAACCCGAUUUGGAGCACCAGGGCACCGAAGGUGAACCUAAUGAAUCCGCAGGGGGAGCACAAAGACCCCGGAGGCAGGCUCCGCCUACCGGGAAGAAGCACAACAAGAAGCGUCGCAGAAAUCUUGAGGAGGUAGCAGAACAUGCUGGAGGCACACACAAGGGCUCCCGCGGGAACUCGCCAGCAACAGCAGCAUGCGCAGCAGACCCUAAGGUGGUUGCUCUGGGGAAGGAACGACAGCAGGAGGAGCAGAUGGAAGCGGCAGACGCCCUCGCUUCAAUCAAAUACGAUGUGGAUCUCCGGACAGGCCAUGUACAGGCCCCCGAACAGGUGGUACCGCCUCAAAAAUACCGCAUUAGCACCAAAGGACUCCAGAGUGUCACUAGGUCCCAAAGGAUCCCGUCAGAGAUGGAGAGUGACGCUACCUACACCGAAGUGCAGCAGCGGUUGACAGACGAAGGACCAUCACAGAAUAUUCCUGGAGGAAAGUCGCCAAGUGCAGGGGGGCCCUCCACAAGGGCCCCAGGAGACUUUUCCUUUGUUGUCGGACUCAUUGGUGGUCUCGCCGUCCCUGCCGCUGUUGACUCUGCUACGGGGUCUCCAGAAGACGAUCAAGAGAAGGAGCGGCAGCACGCAGAAGCGCGGCAUGAAAAACGCCGUAAAGGGCACAAGGCGACGAGACGGAAGCACGAUGAGGAAUCCUCACACCCUACCCAGGGCCACCCCACAAGGGGUUCGUUGAGGACCUCGAGCAAUUCUACUGGCACUGCCUCCGCGCAGCAGCAGUCCCAGCAGUCUGGACAGCAAGAAGAUGUGGCAGACUGCAAGCGGCGCAGCGAGCGGCGUCAGAGGCGAAGGACCAUCGAGCGCCGUCACCGUCGGCCUGAGGUUGCCUUCUCCCCACAAAGGCUUCCCCAGCUCUCGCAUUCGAGCUCUGGAAAAGGCCCUCAGGAAAAAUCGAUUCUCUCGGUAACAUCUGCAUGCCCGACUUCGCCCCCUGGGCCUUCAUGUGCCUCGGUUGGGAUUCAAGCAGAUGCGGCUUCCUGCCCCUUCUUUCCUUCGCUUUGGACGGGCGACUUUGCUGCUGCGUCUGAGCGGGCCCACAACGAGGAAAAACGGAAGCUCAUGAGGCUCCUGGGCUCCUCUGAGGGGGGGGCUUCCCCCCAGGCUCCAGAUCAUGCACCCCAGAACGAGAAGGCAGCUAAGUGCCCUGUUGGAGAUCCUCUGGACGAGGAAGGCACCUCUUCUAGCAGUGACUCUCCUGCAAGUCCCGCAAGAAGCUCCCAACGACACUUCCAGGGUGCCCCCGUUUUCAAGCCUCGUUACGUUUCUUUCGGCGGCAGUGUUAGCUGCACCCUGUUUGCUGCUGGUGGGGCGGCAGAGGCACAGAAAGAGAGAGACGCGGAUGCCUCCAUGGCCCUUGGCUCAGGCCUACUGGCCUCACCUGCCCAGUGGAACCCAAGCGGAGACUCUGCUCGCCUGAUGAGGGCCCUCAGAAGGACUCACCGCCGCCUAAUCCUUGGGGGCCAGUCUGCAGUGCUCCGCAGCGACAGCAGUAGUGAAGAAGAGAGUAGCAGGGAGCCAUCGCCAUGCCCCUCUGUGGAGGCACAAGAUCCUGCCGCAUCUGAUGCUCCGCAUGUUCAGGCUUCACCAGCAACUCUGGUUGAGACCGCUACUGCCUCUUCAGAUCAAAGGGCAAAGGCGAACGAAGGCGAUUCUGUGGAUCCGACGUCCUCAAGGAAGAUUCAUCUGCAAGAGGACCCUGUGCUGCAAGAUACAGCAGCAGCCACUGCAGCAUCAGUUACUUUGCCUCCGGCAGCCUCAGUAGUUUUACCGCCAACAACAGCUCCACCCCCAUCGCUGGGUGUGGCGAGCGGCCGAAGCCGCCAGCCUCGCAGCAGUGCACCCCCGGCAUUCGGCUCCCACUUAAACUCCUGGAGACUCUCCAACAACGGCAGCGACUCGGAUGGAGAGGCAGGGGCGAAGCCUUUGCAGCUAGAUGGCAACAAUAUCAGCAAUGACAGCGGAACGACCAACAGCAACAACGCGGUGGUCGCAGCGGGAGCUCCCCUGUCAAGGCAAGGUCCUUUAAAGCACCAGAUUACAGGCCCAAUGGAGGCGGCAGGAACACCAGUGGCUCAACACUUCAGCUGUGCUGCUGCUGCGGAGGCAAUGGCCGACGCUUCCACCCCUCUGAUAGUGGAGGCCCCUGCCGUUUCUGGUCGAUGGGAGCCUCCGCAGAUCUCAGUGGCGCUUCAGAACGAGCAGCAAGAAAAGCAUAAGACGUUGAUACCAUCUGCAUCCGCCGCUACUGAGGAGCUCGUCUUGGAGACCCCUAACGGGCAUUCUAAUGUUGUUUCUGCCAUUGACCAACUAGACGCUGUGGCCAUGGCGAGGCAUCCACGCGACUCGCCGCCAAUCAAUCUUCUGUCAUCUCCACGAAAGGAAAGGUCCUCCGAGGCGGAACCUAUUGGGUCCCUCUCCCUUGAGGGAAGCCCCAUGGGAACGUCUAGAGAAGAAGCUACAGAAGUAAAGGGGAGGCAUCAAGAUGUGUCGAUUAAUUGUUCAAACAGGUACGAGGGGUCUCUAGAGGCACCAAAAGAUUGCCGGAUAUCUCAGGAAGCACAGGGGCCUUGUGAGGAGCCCCAUGAAGAAAGCCUUCUUAAGAAAUGGGAAGGCGUGGACGUUGAGGGGGAUGAAAUUGUUCUAUCUGAUGGGAGGAAUCCCGAGGAUGCGGAAUGGAUGGCCUCACCAUCUCGGUCCGCACAUGCCUCUCCCCUGGUGGUUUCGGUUCCAGAUAGUGAGGUAGAGGUUGCUUCUCCACUAUCGUUGAUGCUUGAGGAGCAGCUGCAGCAUCAGGCAGCCGUGAGAGAUGCCGCAGCAGAUACCAACGAGAAUCUUCCACGGCAGCAGCAGCAGCAGAACUCGAGGGGAAAUACCACCAUCUUCGAGGAAGCAGAAGAUAAGGCUCAGACCUUAUUUGCGACAGCGCCAGCGGAAGCGGGGAAACCAGGCCUUUCAGCCCUUUGGUUUAGAAAUUUGGGAGAGAUAGGCCUUGAUGAGCAUCGCCCCGCUACAGAGCCCCGAGUGUCGCGCUGUGGCAGCCUGACUCCAGGUAAAGGACAAAGUGUCUACGGAGGCUUUUGA